UCCCCAGAACGGGGCCCCAGCCGGGUGUUGCGGAGCGAUGGAGGCCAUGUGGACCGACUAAUUUAUUCUCACGUCACAGAUGCCCCUAGCACGAGAUGGUAAGUGAUCCUCUGCGUGCUGUCGACCCACUGUAAAAUGCAUGAGAAUUCCACCUUGCUCGAAACGCUCGGUUUUUUUCGGUUGCGCAUGUCUCAUCACAGUCCAGUGCGGUGACAAUGAGACUAUCGAGCACCUCCAAGUGCAGCUUUGCCCGGAGGGCUCAAAGCACCUAUGACGCCGAGUCCGUCAUGGUCAUUGCCUGCUCGACUUUAUCUUUAUACAAUGCGCUCGAACUCCUUGGCCUCAUCAUGAUGACCUUUAAACGACGCAAGGGACUCUACUUUUGGAGUAUUUCCCUGGCGGCCUUUGGAAUUAUUCCGUAUUGCAUUGGCUUGCUCAUUAUUCACUUUAAUCUGACCUCUGACUGGGUCGGCAUGGUUAUUGACUCGCCUGGCUGGGUGCUUUUAGUAUCCGGACAAUCAGUAGUUCUCUAUUCGAGACUGCACUUGGUCCUCAACAACCAAAGGAUACUCCGCGCCGUCCUUUGGAUGAUUAUCGUCAACGGUGUCGUUUGGCAUACCUCGAUAACGGUUGUCUUUUUCGGGUCGAGUUACAGUCCCGCGCAAAACCGACGCGGCUUCAACUCCGUAUACAACGUGCUCGAGAAGGUCCAGAUGACGUGUUUCUGUCUCCAGGAAUUCAUCAUCUCUGGCCUCUAUAUUUGGAAGACCUUGGAAUUCUUCAAGACAGCUUUCGGGAGAAAACGGCGAUUCAUGUGGCAGCUUUUCGCCAUCAAUAUCUUCAUUGUGGUUAUGGACACCGGACUUCUCGCUAUCGAAUACAAAAGUCUAUAUCUCUGGGAGCAAGGAGUUAAAGCCGUCACAUACUCGAUUAAGCUCAAGCUCGAAUUUGCGGUUCUAGGAGAGCUUAUCGAAUUUGUCCAACAUCGGGGAGACAAUAGUUCCGGGGAUCCGUACCAUAACACGGCCGCAUUUGUGGAGCUUUCUGGUAGUCGGACACAAACGGGUGAUAGGAAAGGGCGGUCGGUAAGCAGGCUUGAAGCAAUAUACAUGGAAGACGUGAAGCCCGGCGUUGCGGUUACUACAACGGCGAGAAGGGCAUCAUUGCAUCCAACUAAGGCGCAAGACGGGAUUCGGGUCACCACGAGGAUAGAUGUGGAGAACUGCGGAUUGGAUCGGGGAGAUGAUGAGAGUACAGACCAGCUUUAUGAUAGUGCCAUCCAAGAGAUAGCGAGGAGGUAGCGUAACUGUUCAUAUUCUUAAACAUAUUUCUAUGUACUUAAAUAACUUAAACAUAUAUUAAUG